CACUUGGGAAAACAUUGGGUCAAUAAAGGCUAUUUGUAGUCUUCACCAUGAAAACAGAGUCCAACGAGAAGUGGAUAGUUUGCCGAGUGUGCCUCAAUAAUCCCAGCGAUGGCGAGGAGUUGCUGCAUGAGAUAUUUAGCCAGAAUGCCAGUACGCGCCUGGAUCAAAUGUUGCAUAUUUGCGCAGGGAUUCCGGUCAGCCAAGAUGACAACUUUCCGGACAAGAUGUGUAGUAAGUGUGUGCGGUGUCUACGUUUUGCUUACAAGUUCCGACUUACCUGUCAGCGCUCCCACCAGCAAAUCAUGGACAUGCUAGAUCGCGAGGCAAGCAACUCAGGAGUAGAAAACGAAAGUCUUUCCCUAGCCGAUGAUCUGAAAAUCUGGGAAGAAGACAUCAGUCAGUUCAUCGUCAAGGUUGAAGAGGAAAGAAAGAACCAACAGAGGGAGGAGCAAGAGGAUCAUUCAGCAGAACAGCUGGUCACCUAUGUGGUGGAGGACGCGAUUGAAUUCGAUGCUACCGGUGAACACGCAGAGGAAGAUUAUGAGACUGUCCAGACGGUGGCUGAAGAAACAGAGUCGGAGAAUUUUGCGGAGUACGAAGAAUUUGAGUUGGUCACAGCCGAGAAUAGCCCCGCGCCGCCAGGGGAUACAUGUAAAGCUCGCAGUCGGAAAAGAAAAAUCAAGGAAGUCGAUUCAAAUGAUUACAAUGAUGAUGUACUUAGUAUGGAGGAACAUGAAGAACAAAGUAUGGUGACCGAGGAAACAGCCAGACCGAAAGCCACGACUAAUCGACCGCGACAGACCAAAAAGCGAGCCCAGCAAAACAGGACAGUUACGGAAAGUAGUACGGUUGACAAGAAACUGGGCCGAAAGCCGCGCGGUAAGCUAUGCACUUUCAUCUGCGACGUUUGCGGGAAUAUAUAUCCCACCCAGGCCAGACUUACUGAGCACCUAAAGUUCCACUCUGGUAUAAAGCCACAUGAAUGCGAGAUCUGUGGACGUGGCUUUGUCCAGAACCAACAGUUGGUCAGACACAUGAACACGCACACUGGAAACAGACCGUACAAAUGCAACUACUGCCCAGCCGCCUUUGCCGAUCGGUCUACCAAGACUAAGCACCAUAGGAUACACACUAAGGAACGCCCUUACGAGUGUGACGUAUGCUCAAGAACCUUUACCUACUCCGAUAACCUCAAGUUCCACAAAAUGAUUCACACAGGGGAGAAGCCACAUACUUGUGAUAUUUGCGGCAAGGGAUUUGUGAAGGCAUACAAAAUGCGCCUGCAUCGCAUGACGCACGAGAAAAGAGGACCCUGGAAAACGUUGCAAGUGGACGCCGGACCUGAGGAAGAAGGUGUCAAAGGCGACAUGCAAGAGUUUCUCAGAUAGUGCACUUCAAAAGUUAUAAAGACCAAAGUGCAUUUGGUUAAGUCAAGUUUCAAUUAGAAAGCCGCAGACUUAGUUUACAG